GAUUAAUUGAAGCUACACCGCGAGUUCGUCUAAUUAGUUUUACAAGGAUUAUCUCGUGUGUAAUUUGCCGUUAACACCUACCAAUUUCGUGGACAGAUAAUCGGGGGAUUUUUUUUUGAUAUUUCCUGGUAUCCGAGAGAUCGCGUGUUGCCCAAUUUUUAUGUGCGAAAAAAAAAUAUAAAAAAAAACGUAACAAGAAGAGAAACAAAACAAAUCGAAACAAAAAAAUAGCGCCGCUGUCCGAAGGGGAAGGGGACGAGGUUUGUUUAGAAAGUGAAAUCAAGUGCGGCGCUGGAAGUUGAACAGUUCAGUCUUCGUCUUUUGGUCGAUUUGCUCGAAACCCAUCAAUCGACUCAUCAUGCAAAUUGUUUUUUAAGUCUCAUCUUUGGAUUAAAUUGCAAUUCAACACACAAACAUGGGUUUCUCGAGGCAAUCCUUGCCGCAGGUGUUAGCAGUAACGGUAAAGAAUAUCCUUCUUGUAGCUUUCGGUUUAACUCUAGGUUUUCCGACUAUCCUGAUACCAGGCUUGAGCGAUCAAAAUGAAGAAUUGCACGUGGACACCGAUGGAGUUUCCUGGAUUGGUUCCAUCAAUUUGAUAAGUGUUCCAAUUGGUUGCCUAAUAUCAGGGACGAUAUCGCACACCCUCGGUAGAAAGCGCGCCAUGCAAUUGGUCAACUUGCCGUUCAUCGGGGCGUGGCUUAUAUUCAGAUUCGCCACCGCCCCUUAUCAAAUCUUCGUCGCGCUGGCGUUGACAGGACUCACCGGAGGUUUCUUGGAAGCUCCCGUUUUAACUUAUGUGGCGGAGAUCGCUCAACCGAAUUUGAGAGGAAUGCUUUCAUCCACUUCGACUCUUGCUGUGAUCAGUGGCGUGCUCACGAUGUUUUGUUUGGGGACGUUUUUCCAUUGGAGGACAGUCGCUUUUAUAUGCACCUUCUUCAAUGUGGUCUCCUUCAUAUUGCUGUUCUUCGUGCCGGAAUCUCCUCACUGGUUGAUCUCAAAAAAUAGGAACGACGAAGCCAAAAAGAGUUUGGCUUGGUUGAGGGGUUGGACUACAAUGGAAGCUAUAGAAAACGAGUAUAAGGAGGUAUAUAAGGAAGUUAAACGAAAGGAAUUCGAUGGUAACAUGAACGGAAAGGAAGUGCCGAAACGUUCGAAACUGGAAACCAUCAAGCUCUUCGGAAAGAAGAACUUUUUCUGGCCGUACUCGCUGAUCAGUUUCAUAUUCUUUCUACAUCACUUCAACGGAAUGACUACUCUUCAAACUUACUCCAUCCAGAUCUUCUCUAGCCUCCACGUGCCUAUCGACAAGUACUAUGCAACCGUUAUGCUGGGAAUAGUCGAGCUGUGCGGUUGUUUGUUCUGCGUGAUCUUGGUGCAUUACAUCGGUAAACGCGUCCUUAACUUCAUUUCUCUAGCGGGAAGUUGUAUUUGUUUCACGGCCGUCGCCACCUACGCCUACAUGAUAGACGUAAAUAACUUAGAGUUGCCUAGCAACAACGCAACAACCGGUGUUGGGUUGGAGGAGGUAUACCACGAGUACUCGUGGAUGCCUCUUGUGUUUCUGGUUUUAGCCGCUUUCGUUACUCACGCCGGAAUCCGCGUUCUUCCGUGGAUAUUAACAGGUGAAGUUUUCUCGAACGAUAUACGAGCCGGCGCUUCCGGUUUGGCCGGAGCCAUCGGUUACGUCUUCGGUUUUCUCUCGAACAAAGUCUUCUUAAGAAUGAUCUCAACGUUAACGUUACCAGGAGUCUUCUGGUUCAACGCAUCCCUCUCUCUCUUAGGAUUGAUCUUCCUCUAUUUCUUUCUACCGGAAACGGAAGGAAAAACUUUGGGACAAAUAACCGAACACUUUUCUGGCGGUAAAAACAUGGGCAAUCAUGUGCAAAGAGGCCGCCACCGUCGGCAAUUAGAACAACAACAACAGCAACAAAUGCAAAUGAGUGCAGUGAACGCAGCCUACGUUUCGGAAAUACAAACGUGAUGAUGAUUAUAACAAAAAGACUGUUUAGUAAUUAUUUGUUUCGU